AUGUCCUCCGAGCCACUGUCAAGUCCGUCCCCGUCGAAUCAGACAGGCCUGAUUGAUCGUACGGAGUAUUCGUCUUUGCCGCCCGCAUCAUCUCCGGGAUCGUCGCUGCCGACGACUCCAUCACCCCGUCCUCGCGGAACUGCGGUCGAUUUUAUUGGCGUCGAUUGGACGCUCUGGGGCCGUCAAGAGUGGUCGAAAUGGCCUGGAUUCGAGCGCUAUACCGGCGGCCAGGAUACACGGGCGUGGUGGCAGCAAUACGGCUAUCGCGUUGAAGACCGAUCCACGUCGCGGCAGGGCAACAGGCUCAAGUGGAUAUGCGCAGAUUGCUUCGCCCGAGGUUUCAAGAAGAAGUCGGACUUCUGCUUCGUCUGCUCGACAGGAGCCGCUAUCAAAAAGCACCUUCGUAACGCCCACGGGAUUCUAGCUCCCGCUGACGUUGACGGAGGCGCGCGAGCCUCAUCUCUGGGCGGCCGACCCAUCACCCAUUUCAUUGGUGCCGACCUCAAUAAUCCGCACGACCAGUUCCUCAUCAGCAAACUGCGUGGAAGAUUCAACAGCAAAGGGCUCCGGGUGCUCCUACUCGACUGGAUUACAUACCAUAAUCUGCCAUUUGACAUUGUCAACACCGAGAGGUUCCAACGGCUCCUUCUAUACGGCAACCCUCUCCUAGAUGCGACCCACAUACCCUCUGGGAAGACGCUACUUCGCAUGCUCGAAUCCGAAUACAGGGGUGCUGUCGGGCCGGUAACGGAAGUCCUUCGCAGCGCUCGAUCUCAGGUACACUUCUCCUUUGAUGGUUGGACAUCCAAGACGUACACUUCAUUUCUGGGCAUCAACGCUCAAUUCAUCGAUCGCACCUUCGUACAACACCGCAUCCUCCUUGGGUUACGGCCUCUCUCGGGCAAGCACAACGGUGCCUCGCUUGCCGAUGAGGUUGCUGAUACACUGGCAUUCUGGCAAGUCAACAACCCGGACACGGUCGGCUACUUCACGCUGGACAAUGCUGCCAACAAUGACACCUGCAUGGAAGACCUUGCCUUUGAGCACGGCUUCUCAUCCGAAGAGCGACGAAUCCGCUGUGCUGCACAUAUCCUCAACCUCUGUGUGCGGGCAAUGCUGUACGGUUCGAAGCGAGAGAAUUUUGCUGCAAUUGUUGCUGCCGAUGGGGACGAUCUAGAUGACGACGAGGAGCAAGUUGAUCAGGCUAUCGACGAGGCCCUAAAUUGA